AUGCUCAAGACUUUCUCUCUCACCCUCGCAGCGGUCACGCUCAGCAACGCUGCCCCCGCCAGCGGCUCGGCUCUGCCAACCGUCGACAUCACCGUUUUCGAUCGGCACGCGUGGGUCAACACUACCAUCUGUGGCCCCAUUGAUCUAGUUGGGACGCCCUCACCAGUCUUCACACACUACGACGGCCACGCUGGAAACGUCUCGCUCAAGGAGAUUUCGAGCCCGUCCCAUCGAGAUACCCGACGUCAUCUAACUCCUCACUGCGACCUUCCUGGGCUUUCAAUGGACCCAUUCUCGGUCUUCGCGGUGGCGGAAUCCGCCAUCGGGGCUCUCAGUGCCGUCUACAGAGUCUAUCAGCGCAUAGAAGGCGCGUACGAGAAGAUCGACCAUGCUGGGGAGGAGAUCGGGCUCAACCUGAGCUUCCUGGAGGAACACUUCAAUCAUCCGCGGGCGGAACUGUCCCCGGAGGCACUCAAGCGCGUUAAUACACGUUUGGAAAACGUCCGAGUGGCAGCUGAAGAAGCAACAGACAUCCUCGAGUUGUGGGAGGAUUCGACGGACUGA